GCGGGGAGCUCGGAGGAGGGAGCUCGAGAGUUGUGGAGACUAGUGACUGGGAGAAGUCGCAGCCUGCUCCGGUCGGCUCCUUCCCGCUCCCCGUCUCUCUCUCUCUCUCUUUCUUAACACACCUACUCCGCCUUCCGCCCCAGCCUGCGCCCUCGCUCCUUUUCUCGCCCGGGGGCCCCUGCCAGUCACUCUCCGGGUUUCGGCGCGGCGGGGGCGCCCCGGGGGUGCCCUCGCCCUCCGGGAGCGGGCGGACGGGCGGCGGGCGGGAUGUGGCGCCUGGUGCCUCCGAAGCUGGGCCGCCUGUCCCGCUCGCUGAAGCUGGCGGCGCUGGGCAGCCUGUUGGUGCUGAUGGUGCUGCACUCGCCGUCGCUGCUCGCCUCUUGGCAGCGCAACGAGCUGGCCGACCGGCGCUUCCUGCAGCUCAAUAAGUGCCCGGCGUGCUUCGGCACGAGCUGGUGCCGCCGCUUCCUCAACGGGCAGGUGGUGUUCGAGGCGUGGGGCCGCCUGCGCCUGCUGGACUUCCUCAACGUGAAGAACGUCUACUUCGCGCAGUACGGCGAGCCCCGUGAGGGCGGCCGCCGCCGAGUGGUCCUCAAGCGCCUCGGCUCGCAGCGCGAGCUGGCGCAGCUCGACCAGAGCAUCUGCAAGCGGGCCACCGGCCGGCCCCGCUGCGACCUGCUCCAGGCCAUGCCCCGCACCGAGUUCGCGCGCCUCAACGGCGACGUGCGGCUGCUCACGCCGGAGGCGGUGGAGGGCUGGUCCGACCUGGUGCACUGCCCCUCGCAGCGUUUGCUCGACCGCCUGGUGCGCCGCUACGCCGAGACCAAGGACUCGGGCAGCUUCCUGCUCCGCAACCUCAAGGACUCGGAGCGCAUGCAGCUGCUGCUGACCCUGGCCUUCAACCCCGAGCCGCUGGUGCUACAGAGUUUUCCAUCUGAUGAAGGUUGGCCAUUUGCAAAAUAUCUUGGAGCUUGUGGAAGAAUGGUGGCUGUAAAUUAUGUUGGAGAAGAACUGUGGAGUUACUUUAAUGCACCAUGGGAGAAACGAGUUGACCUCGCUUGGCAAUUAAUGGAAAUAGCAGAGCAGCUGACAAACAAUGACUUUGAAUUUGCACUCUACCUCCUGGACGUCAGCUUUGACAAUUUUGCAGUUGGUCCUAGAGAUGGGAAGGUGAUCAUUGUGGAUGCUGAAAAUGUUUUGGUCGCUGACAAAAGGUUAAUUAGACAAAAUAAACCUGAAAAUUGGGAUGUAUGGUAUGAAAGCAAAUUUGAUGACUGUGAUAAGGAAGCUUGCUUAUCAUUUUCAAAAGAAAUUCUUUGUGCUCGUGCCACUGUGGACCACAAUUAUUAUGCUGUUUGUCAGAACCUCUUAUCUAGACAUGCCACCUGGCGUGGCACCUCUGGAGGACUGCUUCAUGAUCCACCAAGUGAAAUUGCCAAAGAUGGCCGACUAGAGGCCUUGCUGGAUGAGUGCGCCAACCCAAAGAAGCGCUAUGGCAGAUUCCAGGCUGCAAAAGAACUGCGUGAAUAUCUAGCACAAUUAAGUAACAAUGUGAGGUAGUCUAUGGUGAAGUUUUCUUUGCUUUUCUUCAUUUAAAUAGCACUGGCUAAAACGAAACCACCAAAAAUUAUCUGGAAAAAUGAAAUUUGGAAGUAAUACAUUCAGAGGAUGAUAAACUUGCACUGAUAGAUCUUAAUGUUAACAUCCAUCAAAGUAAGACAUAAUUUCAAAAAAUCACAUGAUGCUUCUGCAAAUAAGUUUGUUCUUACACUUUGGAGGCUUGAGCUAUCGUUAACCGCUUUACCCCCUGAAUGCCUGACUGGAUUAAUGAGUAUUGUUAAGCUAUUGGAAAUGAGUCUGAUAGUUAUAUUGGCUUGUGUAUCAAAGGGUACUUGGUACUUGACUUAGUUUGCGUUAUGAUCAUGAUUUUGUGAAUCUCUUGUAUUUACUUUGAAUGUCAAGUUAGAUUGGCCUGUUUUAUAGGCUACUUUUUCCUUCUCAUGUGUAGGUUUGGUUUUUUUUUUUCCCAUUUUUAUGUUUUUAAUUAAAUUUUACACAUUCAGGUUACUGUAGGUAUUCAUUUAUGUCUGGGCUAGUUUUCAUUCAGUGCUGUAAGGUACACAUUUACCGUUAGGGCAGGAUUCCCAGGUUUACUGUUUUUUCAGAAAGCUGAAUAUUUUAUUAUGUAAAUACAUUUCUUCCCACUUUCUGUGGUUUCACCAUUGCAUGAGAUCAUUUAAGGUUGUUUAACAGUUACAUCCCUCUAUGCCAAUAAAUUAUAAGUGUACACUAAACAUGAACUUUGGCAUAUGUUGCAAAAUGCCAUUUUUGUCCCUUAAAAGGCUAGCAAUCUAUACCUUGAUGUUAAUUUGAUUGAGCGAAAAAAAAAAACAGUAUUUUUUAAAUGCUAACUAUUCCAGGAUAGUAAUGCAUAUGCCAAAGAAAUAUUAGACCUAGUCCUAUGGUUAGAUUUUAAAAUUGGUCAUCUACCUAUUUUUACUAUCCUACUUCCAGUACUUCGACUCUGUCAUUAUUAAAUUCAUAUCUUCCUGAUUAUUCUUUUACAUUGAAAAGUUAAGCUACUGCUUGCAAACAUAUGUAAAAGAUGUACCUCUUAUUCAUUGGUAGUUUUGCAAAAGUCAAUGUGGUAGUCAUUGUUUGAGUUUAAUAUGGCAUCAUAACUUUUUAUUUAUUGAUGGACUAAUAAUUCUUACUAUAAAGCAGACAGGUUUAGCCAGUCUGUCCAACUUGAUCUUCAUUACCCAAUUGUUAACCAUAAAAAACAUCAAAUUUAAGUCUAUGGGUAAAAGUUAAACGUGUGAGAUUUCUGUGGGCUGUUUUUUAAAGUUACAAUAUAUAUAUAAAUUGGCUAUCACUAACGUAGGUGAUAUUUUCCUGUUUGAAAUUACAACUUUUGUUUACCGCAAAGUUUGGUGUAGUGUGCGGUAUUUAGUUCUAGACUGACCUUACUCUAAUCAGAAAGUGAUUAAAUGUGCACAACCAAAGCCAAGUUUUUCUUUUCUUUUUCGUUCAUUCAGCAACUAUUUAUUGAGCAUCAACUCUGUGCCAGGUACAUUACUAGCUGCUACACACUGUCUGAACGUGACAUACGGUUAAGUAACUUUAAAAUGAUUAUCAAAGACUUCAAUGUGGGUAUUUCUUAAGUUGAAAGAGCAUUCAUUAAAUUGGGAUCAUGCUUUCAUGUUAUUUUACUGUUGUGAUGGACGUUCUGCCUGUACCAUCUACAACUGGGUUGCUACAAAAAGAGCAGGAGGAAAUCAAUAAAGUUAAUCCCAGUUUAAAAACUGGAAGAAGGGUAAGAUCUCUUCGUUGUAAAGUUAAUUUUUAUACAUCAGUACAUUACAUACUAAGCUGACUUUACAACUUUGGAAAACUUUUGAGGGGAAUAGGUAAAAUUACGUGUCAAACGUUCGCCUCUUACUCAAAACUUCAAAUAAAAUACACAUUUUCAAAAUGGAGCACCUUUUAUGUUUGAUAAAUAUUCAUUACAAACCUUAGUAUGCCAGUCAUUAGAGGAGUUGUCUUUCUGUGGUUUAGCAGACAUUUAUCUUACUUUUGGGAAGAGUGAUUGUGAUUGCAGAACAGGAAGUGAGAAAACACUGCCAGCAGUGAUUGCAACUUGAGGUCGUUUUUUAUAACUACCAUUUCCCCCUUGAGAUUACGUGUAAUUUCUUUUAUCUUUGGAAAAGUUGAGGAGAAGAUAGUAAAAGAAUUAGGAAUUUAAAAUUACAGGGAAAAAUAUGUAUGUGAAAAGCAAUAAAUAUUUUGUUCACUUUGCUAUCAAGAUGUUCACUAUCAGAUAUUUAUUAUACAGCAGCAAUUUAUAUUUUUAAUCAUUGCCCAUUAAUAGACGCAGUAAAAUAUUUUUGAAUCAGACAUUUGGGGUUUGUAUGUGCAUUAAAAUUGUCUUUUGUACUGUAAGUUACUGCUUAAUUUGAAUAUUUUAUCAGAACUGUCUCCCUGUGCCUUUAUAAUAUAAAGUUGUUUCUACAACUUUUAAUGAUCUUAAUAAAGAAUACUUUAAGAAUCACACUUUUCAGACUGUCUCUUAACUUCAAAUAUACAGCUUUUUCUUGAAUGGAAAGUGGGGUUAUAUAGAUAAGUUUUUUUUUUCUCUUGCAUAUAUUUUGAUAUAAUUUUCAGAAACUAUCUGGUUGGGUGUGAUCCGAACAUAAGGUGUUUGUUUUCUUCUGUUUUUCUGUAGUAGUUGGUGACUUUUUAAACUUUUACUACUAAAAUGGGAUAGAGAACUUAAUUAUGGAAUUUUUCAGAUGUAUACAAGAGAAUAAUAUAAUGAACAAUAAUAAACUGUGGUUAUAGUAAUUUCAAAAGUGAGCAACGGGUGGCCAAACUUGUUUCCUCUAUACCCCAGCCUACUUGCCCCAGCUUAUUUUGCGAGAGAUAUCAUUUGAUUCAGCCAUGCACAUUAGGCAUUUUCUCCUCCAACAAAAAUUUCACAUCUAAAAACUUAAUACCUCAAUAUCACCAAAGCAAGAGAGCUUUCGGAAACUCAAAGAUGUUUUCUCAGAAGCUCAAGAUCCAACUGCAGGGACUUUAAACCACUGGCGAUAUAUACAUGGAGUAAUAUGAUAAAUAAGGAUAAUAACUGAAAUGCAAUGAAAUUCAUUAAAUAUGUAACCUAUGCAUUCAAAAUGAUAAACGUGAACAAAAACAAAACAACUCAGUUACCUUUGGAAAGAUGUUGAGGAAUUAUUCUGAAAACUGGAAACCUGGAGAGAAAGAAGCAUUUAUCCUGCCUUACCCCCAGGAUAAUCAAAUAACUGAGGGGAAGAAUUUGUAGAAUUGUUCUAGUUAGUAUGCAGAAGGAGUAUUGUUAGAAUAUCACCAUUUUUAAAUUCCUAAUGAAUUGGCAAGAGCUAGGCAAUGCACAUCAGUGGCAGCUGAAGCUAUUAAUUGAAAAGCUGAUGAGGAACUUUGGAUGAAUGGAUCUGAAUGGCAGCACCUGAUGAACUCAUUGGUUAAUCUUAAUGAUGUGUCUUCUAAUACAGCUCAAUGAAAAAGUACCCAGCACCACCUAUGAAGUGUCUUGACAGGGAAAAAAAAAAAAAAAGCCUGAAUCUGAUCAAGCCCCUAGAUCUACCCAUUAAUGGGAAGAACACAGCACAAAAGAACAUGUUACAGAACACCAUGGGAAUACAAUCAACAAAAUCCAGAACACGGGGAAUUCUACAGGAUAAAUGACUUGGCUUUGUUUAACAAAUUGCAAGGAAAAGGAGGGGGACCCUAUACAUUAAAAGAGACUUUAGUAACAAAGUAAAUGCAAAUGUCACCUUUGUAUCCCGAUUUGAACAAAUGUACUUUAAAACCAAGUGGAAACAGAAAUUUCAACAAUUAAACAAAAAGGUGGAUGUCUUGAGUAACCUCAUCUACUUUAAUUUUGCACUUGCCUUAAUAUGUGGAAAAACCAUAAAACUACCUAUACUAAGUCUAAA